AUGACAGAGACGCGUCUCUUCAGACCCCUCAGAGUUGGCACCGUCGAGGUCCAGCACCGCAUCGGAAUGGCACCGUUGACCCGCCGCCGUGCAACCCCAGACCGCAUCCCCACCUCCCUGAUGAAAGAGUACUACACCCAGCGAGCUUCCUGGCCGGGCACCCUCAUCAUCACCGAGGGAACUUUAAUCUCAGCCGCAGCUGCCGGCGGAUUCUCCAACGCCCCCGGCAUCUGGCGGGCCGACCAGAUUGCCGCCUGGAAGGAGAUCACCGAUGCGGUUCAUGAAAAGGGGAGCUACAUCUACGUGCAGCUAUUCGGGAUGGGCCGUUCAGCCGAUCCAGCGGCGGCUGCAAGCGAGGGGAUUGAAAUCGUGGGUCCCAGCGCAAUUCCGAUUCCAUCCGACGAGAAUCCUAACGCACCGACUCCGCGAGCCAUGAGCCAUUCCGAAAUCCAGCAGACAAUUGUCGACUUCGCAACGGCUGCGCAAAACGCGCGGGAGGCGGGCUUUGACGGAGUAGAGAUCCACGGCGCGAACGGCUACCUCCUGGAUCAGUUCCUGCAGGACACGAGUAACCAGCGUGACGACGAGUAUGGGGGCAGCGUGGCGAAUAGGUCUCGCCUCCUCCACGAGGUCAUGCAGGCAGUUGUCGAGGCGAUUGGCGCCGACAGGGUCGGCCUGCGUCUGAGCCCCUGGUCCCGGUUUCAGGGCAUGCGCAUGGACGACCCAGUGCCGCAAUUUAUCGAUGUUGUCGAUAGGGCCCGGCUUCUGGAUCUCGCCUAUCUCUCGCUUGUCGAGACAAGAGUCUUCGGAGCUUGGGUUUACGAGGGGAGCAGUGAGAUAGAUGAGAGCCAGGAGACGUUGGGCUUUGCGAUUGAGCGCUGGGAUGGGCCGAUUCUAGUGGCUGGGGGCUAUGGGCUGGAAAAGGCGCGGAAGCUGGUCGAGGAGCAGUAUCCGGAGAAGGAUAUCGUGGUUCUGUUCGGCCGGCAUUUCAUCUCCAACCCAGAUCUGGUGUAUAGGCUCAAGGAGGGGGUUGACUUGACCCAGUACCAGCGUGAGACGUUUUAUCAGACCAAUUCGCCUAUGGGUUAUGUGGACUAUCCUUUCAGCGAGGGGUAUAGGGCGACUGUUAGCGCUUAG